UGAAGGCCAGGUGAGCAGAUGUGGGCGUCUUGGGGCACCUGAGACCUCACUGGUCCUGGGAGAGGCCUUCAGAGCUCCCAGGCCACAGGCAGCCACGGCCAGUGAGAUGCAGCCACAGCAACAGGAAGGCGCUGGCAUGGGCAGAAGGAGCCCCUCCUUGGCAUCGGGCUCUUCCUUUCCUCCUGGGCGCCGCACAGGUGCCCCCCCCCAGGGCCUCUCCCACGUUCAUCUGGGUGUUGAAGGCGGGACCUGCGUGCUGCUGUCCCUUGUCCGGGGCCCUCUGAGCCCCACUGCCCCUUGGCCCUCCCCCACCAGGCGCUCUCUGGCUGCAGAACACCGCCUGGGGGAGGCGGGACUGCCCUCUGGCCUGGGAGGGCGGGAGCAGCCAGCUGCUGGCAGCAUAUGGCGCUGUGGUCAGGGUGUGCUCCUGAGGACGGCUCACCAGGCCUCUCUGCCUGGCCGUUGGAAAGAUCUUUUAAAGCUUCUUGAUCACUUUGUCCCAUGUCCCUACAGUACCUACCAUCGCAUCUGGCCGGGACGGGGGCUGCUGCCUGUGUGGCCCAGUCCCUCUGUUCUGCUGGGCUCGCACAAUGGGAGGCCCCUCUCUGUCCCCACCCAUCCUUGCCGACCCUGGGCGUGAGUGACAGGGGCCGCGCACGUGCAGGUCACACUGAGCAGCGGAAGGACUUCUUUGGGGUCAGUGCUGGGGGUGGGACCCAGGAGCUGGGAUCCUGGGCCAGGUGCUGGCCUUCCUGUCUGGCCCUGGCCAAUCCCCCUACUGCCGGGAGCUCUCAGCUGGCCAGGCAAGGAGGCAGAGGUCCUGUGAGUGGUGGAGGCCAACGGAAUGGGAGGUUGUCGGGCUGACAGCCCCCGAGUGCCUGCCCACAGCUCCUAGGUGCUUUGCGGAGGAGGCCGCUAUGCUCUGUCCCCUUGUCUGCUGCUGAGCUCCUGUUGCCUUUCAAGGCUUUCUAUGGCUACCUCCUCAGUCUCCCAUGGUCCUGCAGGCUCCCUCGCCGUUUCUGAGCGCCCAUAAACGUUUGUCCCUCUUGAGACGUGGUGUGGUGGAUAAAAAGUAGGGCUCUGGGGUCUCCUCGCCGGGCCCAAAUCCUGAUGGCACCAGCGGGUGCGUUACCUCUCCGUGCCUCAGUUUCCUCAUCUGUAGAAGGAGAAUGGCGAGCCCCUGCGGCCAGUGCAGCCAAUACUCAGGUGGUGCAUCUGCAGACGCAGCAGGAGGUGAAGCUGCGCAUGACGGGCAUGGCGCUGCGGGUGGUGCGUACCGACGGCAUCCUGGCACUCUACAACGGCCUGAGCGCCUCGCUGUGCAGACAGAUGACCUACUCCCUGACUCGGUUCGCCAUCUACGAGACUGUGCGGGACCGCGUGGCCAAGGGCAGCCAGGGGCCUCUCCCCUUCCACCAGAAGGUGUUGCUGGGCUCCGUCAGCGGUUUAGCUGGAGGCUUCGUGGGGACGCCCGCAGACUUGGUCAACGUCAGGAUGCAGAACGACGUGAAGCUGCCCCAGGGUCAGCGGCGCAACUACGCCCAUGCGCUGGAUGGCCUGUACCGCGUAGCUCGCGAAGAGGGUCUCAGGAGACUGUUCUCGGGUGCAACCAUGGCAUCCAGCCGAGGGGCCUUAGUCACUGUGGGCCAGCUGUCCUGCUACGACCAGGCCAAGCAGCUGGUCCUUAGCACCGGGUACCUCUCUGACAACAUCUUCACUCACUUUGUCGCCAGCUUUAUUGCAGGUGGAUGUGCCACGUUCCUGUGUCAGCCCCUGGAUGUGCUGAAGACUCGCCUGAUGAACUCCAAGGGGGAGUAUGAGGGCGUUUUCCACUGCGCCGUGGAGACAGCGAAGCUCGGGCCUCUGGCCUUUUACAAGGGCCUCGUCCCAGCUGGCAUCCGCCUCAUCCCCCACACCGUGCUCACUUUUGUGUUUCUGGAACAGCUACGCAAAAACUUUGGCAUCAAAGUGCCAUCCUGACCAGCCGUGGGAAUGGCUGGGCUGCCAGGCCAGCCACGCUAGGUUCUUCCAAAGAGUCCCAAGCCCAGCACCUGCUCCUGGGGCCACGACCUCCCCGGCCGUGGCCACCCGUCCUCCGCAGCAGGCCCCUGCUGUCCCCCCACCUGCUGGCUGAGCUCCUCCUGGCCUCGUCCCCUCUCAGCUGUAGCUGCACCACCCCCGCUCUGGCUACCAGGCUCUCCCGGCUGGGCACUGCGUGGCCUUGCCCCUCUCCCGCUGGCAGCUCCUCAGGGGAACAGGGGCUACCAGAGGCUGAUUUCUCCCCUCUCCUGGGCCAGGGGAGGGGUAUUAUCCCUGCCUCCUGCCCCCGAUGCCCAAAGCAGCAUCUUCCAGCACUUUCCAUCGAGGACUUGGGUGGCAGAGUGUGGGUGCAGCCUGGCUGUUGCUCACCCAAGUGCUAGCUCUGCACUUUGUGUCUGCUGAGAGCGACCAGACCUUCCAUGUCCUCGGGCAGCUGCAACUCCCCGUGAGACCCCGCAGCUGGGUGGGAUGAACAAACAACGCAGACCACAAGCGAGUGCCUGGGAGGGAGUGGCCCAGAGUGGUUCUGGAGCCAUUGUGGGUGAGGGUCGAGGACCACCGAGGUCCCGCGCGCCGCUGCCUGCCCUGCAGUGGCUUUAACAGUUAGUUUUGCCAAAGCCUCUCCACUCACCAGCAGGUGGUCUCUGUCUUCAGGGAUUGUGCCUGCGUCCCUCGGGCCCCUGGGCCCCCCCGCUUGGCUCCCUGGGGGAAUGGCCCAGGCGGGCCGCGGUUCCUCCUCAGGGCCUUCUUCCCGACAAGGAGUCCGACGGGGCGGAUGCUGCAUCCUCUGCUUCCCUGGUCACUGGGCUUCACCCCACCUGGGAAGGGCAGUGUGCUCUGUGGGGGCUGCAAUCAAUAAAUGCCGGGAGCUGCCACAUCUA